AUGGCUGACGACUCAAAGAACGAAGAUUCUCAUAAUGCUGCAGUAUUCAAUAACGCAGACGUUGAAGCAAAUAAAGUGGACACGACGCCAUUUUCUUCAUAUACCAUUACUUUACACCUGGUGCGUCAAACCGAUUCGUCUAGUAAUUGGAAAAUUCAAGCUCUAUUUGACUAUAAACAAAAAUAUAUAUUUGAAGAUGUUGCGCCUCUUACUCGACCUGGGAAUGCUGCGCAUCGAUCUGAAGGUGCUCCACAUUUAUACCGUCUCCGAUUGGAUGUUCGCUUGUACGAUGAUGGACGAUUUUGUAUUAUACGUGAAAACAAACCCUACUACGUUAGUGCCUAUCGGUUACGCAUCUGUCGCGCAAUUGUUGGCAGUCGAAAUUUACAUUAUGAAAAUAGCACACCAUAUUCUCUCAAAGCUGAUAUAACUGUGCACGAUCACUUUUUAUUCGAUCCUAUAUUUGCCAAAUGUGCCUCCGUGGUAUCUCCUCCCGGUACGGAAACAGUAUAA